AUGGAGCCUGCGGCGCUGAGCUGCGACUUACCGGUGCUCGUAUGUACUCUCACCUACCUGUCUCUGGAGGAUACUUUGCGGUGCGCUCAAGUCAGACACACCUGGCGCCAAGCCGCCAGCCAGCCGGAAGCUUUGGUGCGGGUUCUGCAUCUUCCAGGUGACGAUGGUGAUUCAACUCCGGAAGGCCUUCGUAGACUGCUGGGCAGAGGCUGCCUGAAGCAUGUGGAGCUGGUGGAAAUUGCUGGCGGAUGUAGCUGGUUCCCCGCACUUGUUGGAGAGCUGCCGGACUUGCAUCAGCUUCGAGUACGCGGAGCCUGCAGCAGUCCGUGCGGGGGCAGGCCCAAGCUUGAUGUGGACCUGGCCUUGAGUAAUAUUCUCGCUGUCUCAUCGCGGCUGACUGUUCUGGACUUUAGCUACGACGGUUGUGGCUCGGAACGGAGUUCCCGCUGGCCGGCCAUGCCGUCGCUGGCAAGACUGCGUGUACAGAGUCUGCCGCUCCGUUUUGCAGAUCUGCCAAAUCUUUUCACAGCAAAAGACCUGGAAUGGCUGGAGCUACAGGCAUGCCCGCUGAUGAGUUCUCAGACUGGCAUUGUUUCUUUCGGGGCCAAAGUUCAGCCUCGCCAUUUGAAAGUACUUCGCUGUGGUGUGCAGAUGGCUUUGACUUUGCUUCUCUCCGUGUGCUUGGAGCGGCUGAGCUUUCUGUACCUGGAUCCGCCCACUGACUCGCGCAUGCAGGACGAGCUUGCAAAGGCUUGUGCACCUCAGCUCGGCGGCAAUGAUCCCAAUGUGGAUGCUUGCACAGACCUACAAGCGCAGGCUCAGCGGGAGCUGCUUGCUGAGCUGCGGCGAGCAUCGCGAACAUCAAGGACACCGGAAUCCGGUCUCACGCCUUGGCAGCGACUCCAGAAGUGGAUGCAGGCCUCCGAGAGGAGCAUUGAUGGUCAUGGGCAGGUUCUUUACAGGACAGAAUCUGCGAGCAUCAGUGAGCACGAGCAGCUCCGUCUAGGCUUUCCGUCUGCCUCCCUCCGUUGUUACAACAGGUACGCUUUGGCCCAAAGGAUGGCCGGCCUGGAAGGCGUGAGCACCACAAGUUCGGGGCGGCCGAUCGGAAAGGAACGCGCGUACUACUAUCGGUUCCACAAGCUAAUUGGGAAGGCAAACUGGCGAAAAUACACGGAACGUUACAUCGCCCCACGGGCAGUGGAGAAUCGCCAAAGGUGGAUUCCGACACCCUGGCCAACUUGGACACAAUCGAAGCAUGCGCACUCUUGGAAUUGGCGCUUACCCAAGGGGCUAGCAGCUGCCACAUCUGCCGACGAAGUGCUCGAGGUAUGGGUACAGUUCCGACACAAGCACCCGAAGAGGACAUUUCACUAUUUCAAAGUCCUGAAGCGGCUGACAGACGUCGGCGGCUGUGAAAGAACGGAUUGGCGCCUGCGCUUCAUUACGUCCAGACUUAAAAAGAUCCAUCGCAAGGUGCUCAACUUGCCUCGCUUAGCAAAGUACUAUGCCGAGCUGAAGUGCAUCGAUGAGAUGGAGCAUGUAUCACGAUUUCUCAGGAAGAUGCUGCCUAAGUACACGUCGCACCAGCUUGUCCUUGUGGCCCAUGCUUUCGCCAUUGCCAAACUGCAGGACAAGCACAUGAUGGAGGAGGUUGCCAGACUGGUGGAGCCGCAGCUCAGCGAAAUCACCCCAAUUGAAAUGGUUCGACUGGCUCAGGCCUAUGCCAGCACAGAAGUGUGUCAUUACACGCUCCUAGGGCAGAUUUCGGCGCAAGCGCAAGUUCGUGUGCAACAAGCCUCGGAGGGGCAGGGCCUUCCUGGCUCUUGCCCGUCCUUUCUGCAGCUCGCGGAGCUGGCGGAGGCCUUUGCCCAUCUGAAAUUCCAGGACUACUCCUUCCUGGAGAUGGCAUCCUUCCAGGCGGCGGCGCUGCUGAGGGAAGGCCGCGCAGGUCCAACACCGCCAGCUCUGGCGCUGCUGUGCAGGGCCUGUGCACGCUUAAAGGUGCUCGAAGUUCAGCUUUUCGAGGCCGUCCUCGCUCACGUCUCUGAGCAUUGGUACGAUUAUCCGGCCUCGUGCCUAGCUGACAUCGGCCUGGCCCUGGCGCCUGUGAUGCCCACCUCAGAGCCAGUGAUGGAUGUGUAUCGCAGGAUGCUCAGCCAGAUCCGUCAGGAUCGCGAUACUUUGAGCUUGAGGCAGGUCGGCACAGCCGUCCGCUUCAUGGCAGAAGUGGAUCACAAGGGGGAGUUCAUGCCCGGCUUGGCCCAGGUAUUUGCACGUCGUCUCAUGGACUUGAGAGAUGAGACCAAAGAGUGCUACGAUGUGGCCCGAGUUGCAGAGAUCUUCUCGAGACGAUGCCCAGAGGAGCACGCCUUGUUCUCGACGCUUUGCCGGCACCUGCAUCGUCACCUUGGCUUCUUUGAACCAGUGGACUUCGUUCGAUUCGCUCGAGGCCACGACCUAUGCAGGUAUCGCGAUGAUCGGGUCGCCCAUGCACUUCCCAAGUGGGUCCGCGACUUGCAAACACACUCAAGCAUUCGUAAGGCAGUUCAGGGCCAUCCGGAGCUUUGGAAGCAGCUACGAUGGCUUGCACGGCCACAGUAG